CCGAAAGACAAAGAAGAGAAACACAUGGAGAAUCACACAAGCAAGGCAGUCCGAUAUUGAAACGAAGUCCUGACAUCACCAAGUCGCCACUGACAAAGUCUGAGCAACUUCUGAGAAUAGAUGACCAUGACUUCAGCAUGCGACCAGGUUUUGGAGGACCUGCAAUUCCUGUUGGAGUAGAUGUACAAGUUGAAAGCUUGGAUAGUAUUUCAGAGGUUGACAUGGACUUCACCAUGACACUUUACCUUAGGCAUUACUGGAAAGACGAACGACUAUCAUUUCCAAGUACCAAUAACCAAAGUAUGACCUUUGAUGGCAGACUAGUGAAAAAGAUCUGGGUACCUGACAUGUUCUUUGUACAUUCCAAACGCUCCUUUAUCCAUGAUACCACUACAGAUAACGUCAUGCUUCGGGUCCAGCCAGAUGGGAAAGUGCUUUACAGCUUGAGGGUCACAGUAACAGCAAUGUGCAACAUGGAUUUCAGUCGCUUUCCCCUUGACACACAAACGUGUUCUCUGGAAAUUGAAAGCUAUGCUUAUACUGAAGAUGAUCUCAUGCUGUACUGGAAGAAUGGGAAUGACUCCCUGAAAACAGAUGAGAGGAUAUCACUCUCCCAGUUCCUUAUACAAGAGUUUCACACUACCACCAAACUUGCCUUCUAUAGCAGCACAGGCUGGUACAACCGUCUCUACAUCAACUUCACUUUACGCCGGCAUAUCUUCUUCUUCUUGCUCCAGACCUAUUUCCCUGCCACUCUGAUGGUCAUGCUGUCCUGGGUGUCCUUUUGGAUAGACCGCAGAGCUGUGCCUGCACGAGUUCCCUUAGGAAUCACGACGGUGCUGACCAUGUCUACCAUUAUCACGGGUGUCAACGCCUCCAUGCCUCGGGUUUCCUACAUCAAAGCUGUGGACAUUUACCUCUGGGUCAGUUUUGUGUUCGUCUUUCUCUCAGUGUUAGAGUAUGCAGCAGUGAACUACUUGACUACAGUACAAGAACGGAAGGAACGGAAGCUGCGAGACAAGCAGCUUCCUUGCACUUGUGCGCUACCCCAGACAAGGCAAAUGAUGGGGAUGGAUGGCAGCUACAGUGAUGGAGAAGUGAAUGAACUGGAACAGUAUGUGUCUGAAAAUGGAGAUAAACAGGACAGAAUGAUGGUUCAACUGGCGCUUGGCUCAGAAAGGAAUUCAAGCAGGAGGAAAAACCAGAGAUACAGCAGCAUGAGGAUUGACACCCAUGCCAUUGACAAGUAUUCCAGAAUAAUAUUCCCAGGGUCAUAUAUUUUAUUUAAUCUGAUAUACUGGUCUAUCUUUUCAUAGUUAUUUUUUCCCCUGUAGCCAGUUUUCACGUGGUACAUGCGUUAACUGUAUAAAAUUAAUGUCCAUCAAGCAAAUUUGACUGAGAUUGUUCAAAUGUUCUUGGUUUUGGCAAUGUUCAAUGCUCCUAUUAUAUAUGAAAUACACAUAAGGCACUUUCCUGUUCAU